AUGCAGCCCUCCUCAGCCCCCGCCCGCAGAGGGUGCAUCCCCUGGAACAGGCUCCUGCUGGCAGUCUCACUCUUAACCUUCUGGAACCUGCCCACCACGGCCCAAAGCACUAUUGAAUCGGUGCCCUGUAUUGUUGCAGAAGGAAUGGAUGCUCUACUUGUCCACAACGUGACAUGGGAUCUUCUAGGCUGUACCUGGUACAGAGGAGAAAGGGCAGAGCACAACCAACUAAUUGCAUCAUAUAGAGUAGACACUCAAGUAAAUACACCAGGACCUGCACACGGCGGUCGAGAGACAAUAUACCCCAAUGGAUCCCUGCUGUUCCAGCACAUCACCCAGAGAGACACAGGAUACUACACCCUGCUCCUUUCAAAGAGUAGUUUACAGCCUGAAAGUGUAACUGGACAACUCCGCGUAUACCAUGAUUCUUUUCUGACACCUGUAACCACAGUGUUACCCACACCUGUCAUCACCAGCAACAACUCCAACCCCAAGGAGCAUGAGGGCAAGGUAGUGUUAACCUGUGGACCUGAGACGCAGAACACCUCCUACAUGUGGUGGAUCAACAACCAGAGCCUCCCCAACAGCACCGGGCUGGAACUGUCCAAGGACAACAGGACUCUCCUUUUACUUAAGGUGACAAGGAAUAACACAGGACCCUAUGUGUGUGAAACCCAGAACCCAGUGAGUGUUGGCCACCGUGACCCAUUCACCCUGAAUGUUUUCUAUGGUCCGGACACCCCCACCAUUUCCCCCUCAGACUCCUAUUACCAUCCAGAGUCAAACCUCAGCCCCUCCUGCCACACAGCCUCUAACCCAGCCACGCAGUGUUCUCGGCUUGUCAACGAGAGCCCCCAGCAAUCCAUACAGGACUUUAUCCCCAAGAUCCCUGCAAAAAAUUAUAGUGGAUCCCAUAACUGCUUUGUCCAUAACUUUGUCACUGGCCUCAAUAAAACCACAGUCAAGACUAUCACAGUCUCUGAGCUUAACCCAGUGGCACAGCCCUCCAUCCAAGCCAGCAGCCCCACAGGCACAGAACAUGAGGAUACUGUGGUCCUGACCUGCAUCACAAAUGACACUGGGAUCUCCAUCUCCUGGUUCUUCAAUGGCCAGAGUCCACUGCUCACAGAGAGGAUGAAGCUGUCUCCGGACAACAGCACCCUCACCACAGACCCCGUCAGGAGGGAGGAUGCCGAGGAUUAUUGAUGUGAGGUCUCCAACCCAGGCAGUUCCAGCAGAAGUGACCCUGUCACCCUGGUGGUGCUCUGGCAAGAAAACAGCCCAGCCCUCACUGUGGUGGCCAGCAUCAGCAUCACGGUUGGGGGCCUGGUUGGGGUGAUAUUGGCAAUCGCUCGGGGGUGUUUCCUAUUCCUCAGAAGAACAGGAAGGACCCGUGGCCAGCAUAACCUCAGAGAGCACCAGCCCCCAGCAACCACCCUGGCACAUGGUCCUUCAGGCAGCUCUCUCUCCCCGGGCUCCCUACCCAGCCCCAGGCCAGCUGUUCCCAUCUAUGAGGAAUUACUACACCCCAACACAGACAUUUACUGUGUCAUCAACCACAAAGCAGAUGUGGUUUCUUAG